UUCAAACCGUGCGAUAAUCUCUAAGGAAGAACUUGAAGAUUAACAUAUUAGUACAAAGUUCACACGUUAUCAGUCACAUAAGACCUGCAGCGUUUUCAGAAAGAGUUCAUCAGCGACAUUAACUAACAUGGCUUCUAAGUUCCAGUGUGUGGACCAUCCAAGUAUGUCGGGGGUCGUCAUCUGUCGUGACUGCAAAGUAAUCGUCUGCACGCGCUGCUACAUGAAUGGACAGCACAAGGAGGAAUGUGACGUAAUAGAUGUCAACAGCGUGACCUCAUUGUAUGGUAAGCUAGCAACGGAACUGAUACACCUUCGUCAGACUUUGGACAAGAAGAAAGCGACACGCGCCAAUGUUUUGGAACAAAUACAAAAUGACAAAGACAAUGUUGUCCUUCGGAUGAAAGAUGAAUUAGGGCAACUUUUGGUCAAAGUCGCGGAAAUCAAGUCAAGUAACGAAGAAGAGAUGCGUGCGUCCUUCGACAGAUACAAGAAAGGGAUACAGAAAGGCGGCUCAACGCUAAAAGGUCUUGUGGCGAAGCUGAAAGAACAGAUUGAUGAUUUUAUACUUGAUGAAGGAUCGACAACAGACGACUAUAAACCGGCUGGGUCAUUGAAAAGGCUUGCGCAGCGGAAACUUGCGCAGAUCAGCGAUGGCGAAAAGCAUCCGCACGGUAGAUUCGUGCUUGCAGAAUACCUGCAGAGUAUACUGGACGGACGCGUGAAGACGUUUGGAUCCUACACCCUACAUUUUCCUCUUGCAAGGAAGAGCUAGAGAGUUAUAAACAUACAGUUUAAAGCUUACAGCAAUUUAGAAAAUGGCGACAAAAUAUAUAAUUAUAUCAUGUUGUCGUAUGCAUUAAGAAAUGUCCGAAAACACAAUCGGCGUUGAAAUAAAUAGUGAGAUGGAAUGCUCUAAAUAAAACAACAAGUAAACCAAUAUGAUCAGUUACGUGAUUCAAACUCCAUAAAUACUGUAUACUAUACGUGUAAAAUCAGUUGCAUAUUAGUUGAAAUCUUUUUUAGAAGUAGAUAAACUAUGCUAUUACAACUAUUUGUGUUUAUAAAACGUAUCAACGAUUAAAAUGUAAAUAAAUAUAGUCAGUAAGUUUUACAAAUGUACAUUCCAUAUUUGUUGUUUUUCUCGGUUGUACGAUUCUUGGUGCGCUCAUUACAACUUGAUUUUCAGAAUAAAUAGCGAAGAAAUUAACGCGGAAACUACACAAUAUAGUUAUUUCUGAUUAAACAGUAAAUAAAUACAUGUUAGAUCAUUUAUUUAAAUAAAUACAUUAAAUGCAAAUCACUUGUUUAUACAAAAAGUCGUACUUUAAAAUCAACAAUCCAUAACACUGCAAUGUGAUAUAUAAAGAGACAAUACUUUUGGAGAUGGUAUUUUGUUUUGUUUGCAAUGAAGAAAACCAUCUUGUUUUACAACGCAAUUGCGUUUACGAAGUUGCUUGAUCUGUCAUAAAUCCUUAAACUGACCAAAAUUUUGUGUUGAGUGUUUACAGUACACUCAUUUGAACCUGCAGACUGCAGACUUUUACCUGAUUGUCUUAGUAAACAUGAGGUCAUCUAAUAUGUAAUGUUCUUAUUCUCACGAUAAGCAACUCAGUCUUACUCAUAUUUGUUUGAUUGAUUAAAUGAGUGUUAUGUGUUAGCCCUUUACCACUUAGAUACUGUUUUGAGGCAUUUGUAGUCCCUUAGAAAGUUAAAUUUAAUUAAAGACAUUUCUAACUAGAUACAAGUUUUAAAGGCUUCAUUUCCAACCCUUAGAUACUGAUGAGCAGCAAACAGCAUAAAACCUGAACAGACUGCGCGUGACUCACAGGUUGUCCUUGUUUUGUGCUGUUUGCACAUAGCCAUUUUCACUUUUUUUUCUGAGUGAGAAAGGGUUAAAAUGUGUUUGUUAUAUUUUAGUCGGUACUGUAUUCUACUUUAUAAGAAAAGUCAUCAGCCCGUCUCAUGUGCAUAUUGCACAGCAGAGUUAUCCGACAGUAAAUCGCUAAAUGUUUUCGGAAUUUUCAAGCAUAAACAUUUGUGAAAUAUAGCAUUUAUAUAUUAUA